GAAGCCCAAGUUUACUGUUAUUUACACCAUAUAUUUGUGUUUAGCGUGUUUUGACGUCAGGGGUUUGUCCCGCUGAGGCAGUGACACAAUUGUAGCGGAGGUGAUAGAGAGUGAGCGGGCAGCACAGCUUGUCUGCAGUCAUACCGCGAUGGCUGACGGGAAGGACAACCAAUUACUCCUCAUAAAAUUCUCAACAAAGGCAUGGCGAGCACCGAGUUUGCUCUGUGAAAACGGGGGAUAUUAGCCCGAUUGGGCACAGUUUCGCGAAGACUCGUGUUAAUCAUCCUUAGUGUGUCCACACUAAAUGGGGAGAAAAGACCGCUACGAAGUGGAUUCUGGGUAUGGAAGAAAUUCCUGGGAACAGCGAGCAAGCUGAGUGUUUUAACCACGCCGUGCCGGGGGGAGAAUGACGGCUUUCACCCGAAAUAAACAUGAUAUUAAUGCUUUUCAUGAAUGCAUGUUGUGUAGGAAUACGUGUGCAGGGCAACUUGUGGGUUUUUGACCGCAUCAAGACGGAAUAUCAUGUCACGUGACUGCCCCAGCAACAACAUUUUUUGGGGUGGGCAUGAUCAUCAGUGUGUGGUGUCCUGCCGGGUAGUUGGGCUAUGUACCCCGUCUUUCACUGUCAUCUGGGCUUUCUCAUAUCUCUUUCUCAUAUGUCUGCUUUAAUGUUGAACAGCUCAUGCAGUUGAAAUGAAUUUAAAGUCUCCUGACCCCUCCCCUCCUCCUCCAAUUCAAUGUAUUGUUUUAGGUGCUGAUGAAAUAUGCUGAUGGAUACAUGGCUGAACCCGACGUUGAGGUCAUGGCUGUCCUUGGCUGUUUAAUCCUUCCGAAUUGGCCGGCCGCAGAUACAGCUCCUUUAAACAAGAAGACAUCACAUCACUAACUGACAUCACUGGCAGCAGCAGCAGUGCCGCCUAAACAGGUUGAACAAGAUUAUUCACAGCAGAAGCUGUUGGUUUGAGCAAAACUUCAGCAGACUGUCAGGCUUAUUCAGUAGUAAAUUAAGAUCAUGGGUGAUAUGAAGACCCCUGACUUUGAUGACUUGCUUGCAGCCUUUGACAUCCCUGACAUGGUCGAUCCCAAAGCGGCUAUUGAGUCAGGCCAUGAUGACCAUGAUGGGCAGCUCAAGCAAAGUGUUCACUCUGAGGAGGAGUCCCAGGCUCCUUCAGCACCUGAUGUUGGUGUCAGUGUCAUUGUAAAGAACAUCCGGAACAUUGAGGUCAGUGAGCAUGCGCUCACAGAAAAGGAGAUUCACCCGUCUCUUGGGAACGGACUCCAGAAUGGUUUCCUGGCAGUGGGGCCUAAUGAUCGUUAUGGAAAAGACAUUGGAAAGAAUAUGAAGGAGGAAGGACAUGGACUUUCAAUGAAUAACUCAUCUUUCAAUCAGUUUAGUCCCAUUUCCAGUGCUGAGGAGUUUGAUGAUGAUGACAAAAUUGAGGUUGAUGACCCCUUGGACAAAAAAGAAACUCUACCUGGCUUUGGGACAAAUCUUCUCACAGGAUCAGCUGUGAAGGGAGAACAAGAGUCUUCAAAUGCCAUAACAGGAGACAUGUUGUCCAGACCAGGGACAAAUGGAGAUUUCGAUAAGUCUAACAUUGACAACAACAAUAGUAAUUUGGGGGCCUUAAACAUUUAUGAUCGUCAGAAACCAAGGAAAACUGACGAGCAGCCUAAAGAUAUGGUUCCCAAAUCUCUUGAUUUGAAAGAAAGUGGGGAUGUAGUAGGCCUUAAUAUGUCCAGUGUCUCUCAGGCUAAGGCUAAGUCAUCAGCAAAGCUCUCUUCUUGCAUUGCUGCUAUUGCUGCUCUCAGUGCAAAGAAAGCCACAACAGAUCCUACAAUUCCAGACCUCCAUACUUUCCCACGAGACUUACCCAUGGAGCCUAAAGAGAGCCCUAGAGUAACUGAUAAACCAGCAGAUCCUGAGCCUGCAUUAGAGCUUGUGAAGAAGAUGUUUUCUAAACAGCCAGAGAGUCCCUGCAGUGUUACUAGUGAGAGCAGCAGUAAAGGAUCGCCAUCUUCCCCUGCAGGCUCCAUACCAGUUAUCCCCAAAGUCAGAAUUAAAACAAUCAAGACUUCCUCAGGUCAGAUUAAGCGUACAGUCACCAGAGUGCUGCCCGAGUUUGAUCCUGAUGGUCUUAAAAAAGGCACAGAUGCCACUUCUAUCGUUGUAUCCUCUUUCUUAUCUUCCUCAACGUCAACAUCUGUCUUUUCAUCCCCAUCACGGACUUCACUGCCAACCACAGUGGUUGCUACUUCAGCCAGUACGCCUAUGGAAGUCACCAAGCAGAUGACUAUUAAACCAGUUGCUACUGCCUUCUUACCUGUUUCUGCAGUCAAGACUGCUGGCUCCCAGGUGAUUAACCUCAAACUUGCUAACAACACGACUGUGAAAGCCACAGUUAUUCCAGCUGCAUCUGUGCAGAGUGCCAGCAGUGCUAUUCUUAAGGCUGCUAAUGCCAUCCAGCAGCAGACAGUUAUGGUGCCUGCCUCUAGCCUAGCCAAUGCCAAACUUGUACCAAAGACUGUCCACCUCACAAACCUCAACCUCCUUCCUCAGACAUCUUCAAACACCUCUGAGCUCCACCAGGUGCUAGCCAAGCCUCAGCAACCCAUUAAGCAGACUUUGAUUGCUGCCCAGCCACCUAAGAAAGUGUCCCGUGUACAGGUACUUGCCAGCUCACAAAGCUCUGUGGUUGAAGCCUUCAAUAAGGUCCUUAGUAGCAUCAAUCCUGUCCCAGUCUAUGUGCCGAACCUCAGCCCACCUUCUGCUGCCUGUAUUUCUAUUCCAUCCCGUGGUUACAAGUGCCUGGAGUGCGGUGACUCCUUUGCCUUGGAGAAGAGCCUCACCCAGCACUAUGACCGCAGGAGUGUCCGCAUUGAAGUAACCUGCAACCACUGCACCAAGAACCUGGUCUUCUACAAUAAGUGUAGUCUUCUCUCCCAUGCCCGGGGUCACAAAGACAAAGGGGUGGUCAUGCAGUGCUCACAUCUAAUCCUGAAGCCCAUCCCUGCAGACCAGAUGAUAGCCUCUGCCUUGCAUUCCUCCAUUGUAGCCACUACCACUAUCCACAGCUCGAUGGUGAAUUCGGCAGGAAAGCCGACUCCUGCGGUUCUCAGCACAGUGAUCUCUGCCCCCUCCACGGCCCCAGUGGUGGCAGCGAUGCCACUGGAAGAAGACUCAUCAAGGCUUUGCAGGCAUAGUCUCAAGUGCUUAGAGUGCAGCGAGAUGUUUCAAGACGAGGCCUCCCUUGCAAUGCAUUACCAACAGGCCGUAGAGUCAAGUGGGCAGAAAACAUGCAACAUUUGUCAAAUGCUGCUCCCGAACCAGUGCAGUUUUGUGUCACACCAGCGAAUCCACCAACACAAGUCACCGUAUAUCUGCCCGGAGUGUGGAGCCAUCUGCCGUUCAGUCCAUUUUCAGACACACGUCACCAAGAACUGUCUGCACUACACCCGCAGAGUGGGCUACCGCUGCAUACACUGUAGCGUCAUCUAUGCAGAUGUGGCUGCCCUUAAGUCUCACAUCCAAGGAACGCACUGUGAGAUCUUCUACAAAUGUCCAAUCUGCCCCAUGGCUUUUAAAUCUGCCCCAGGGACACACUCCCAUGCCUACACUCAGCAUCCUGGAGUAAAGAUAGGGGAGCCAAAGUUGAUUUACAAGUGCUCCAUGUGUGACACUGUGUUCACCCAGCAAACUCUGCUGUACUCCCACUUUGACCAACACAUUGCCAACCAGAAAGUGUCUGUCUUCAAGUGUCCUGACUGUUCCAUGCACUACGCUCAGAAACAGCUCAUGCUGGACCAUAUAAAGUCUAUGCAUGGUACUCUUAAAACUGUUGAGGGUCCUCCUAAUUUGGGUAUAAACCUGCCACUCACUUCUAAACCAACUAAUCCCAUGACCCAAAGCCCCAACAAGGAAGUGGGCACGUGUAACGGCGUAGAGAAGAAUGAGAAAAAGCCACAGUCCCCCCUGAAACGGGCCAACACCUCAGCACUUCCCAGGAAACCUUCUAAUCCUGGCUGGAUGUGCCGUGAGUGUGAUCGACUGUUCACCCAGAGGGAAGUGUACAUUUCCCACAUGAAGAGGGAGCAUGGCAAGCAAAUGAAGAAACACCCGUGUCGCCAGUGUGACAAAUCUUUCAGCUCCUCACACAGCCUCUGUAGACACAACAGGAUCAAACACAAGGGUCUGCGGAAGGUCUACUCCUGCCCUAAACGACUGAUGCUGGAGAAGCACAUUCAGCUCAUGCAUGGCAUUAAAGAGGGCAAAGCAGUAUCUGACACCACCAGCAUGGAAGACACCUCUGAAAAGGAGUUUGCUCAGGCCUCCAGUCCUAAGCGCAAGCUGGAGGAAUGUGCAGCAGACUUUGCUCCUCGGGGAGCAUCUGCGCAGCCAUUAAAGAAGCUCAAGAUUAAUGUGUUCAAGGUGCACAAGUGCGCAGUUUGCAGCUUCACCACUGAGGACAUCAUGCAGUUCCACGAACACAUCCCCCAGCACAAGUCCGACGGUUCCUCCCACCAGUGCCGGGAGUGCGGCUUGUGCUACACUUCCCACAAUUCCCUCUCCAGGCACCUCUUCAUCGUGCACAAGCUGAAGGAGCCACAAGGGCUGUCGCGGCACAAUGGCGCUGGGGAUGAGGACCAGCAGGAGAACCAGCCAAGCUCUGAGGACGCUGCUAACGAUGGGGCCUCAGAGAGAAAGUGCAAAGUGUGCAGCAAGACCUUUGAGACUGAGGGGGCCUUGAACACACACAUGAGGACACAUGGCAUGGCCUUCAUAAAGUCAAAGAGACUGAACAUGGCAGACAAGUGAAAGCACUUCCCAGGAAACUUUCAAAAUCACCUCCUGACCAAGUUCUUGUCUUUUGCCACCUGCAGCUAACAUGCUGUUCAAGAAACAGUAAGGUUAAGACUGUUUAAAGACAGUAGACCUUCCUCUCUUUAUCACCCUCUCUCU